AUGCACUGGGGGGGCCCUUUACCUGUGUUCCCCGCUUACUGGGAGCACUGGGGCGCACUGGGGGCACCUGCACCCCCCCCCAACGCCCUGCCCCCCCCCCCCCAGCUGGAGCCGGACAAGCCCUACAGCUACGUGCCCCCCCCCGCGCCCCCCAUUGCCCCCCCCUACGCCCAGGCCUGCUUCCUGCGGCGCCGCGACCUGCUGGCCAGGGAGCGCCGGGGCCCCCCCCGGCCCCCCCCGCGGCCCCCCCGGCGCACGGAGGCCUCCGCCUGCAACGAGGAGGAGGAGGAGGGGGAGGAGGGGGAGGAGGAAGGCGCAGCGGGGCCCUCGUGCGAGGGAGCUGCCGCGUGGGAGGAGCUGGACGUGCAAAGCCUCUCGUGCGAGGACGCGGGCGGGCGAGGAGCCGCCGUGCGAGGGUCCCCGUGCGAGGGGGAGGAAGAGGAGGGAGCACGAAGGCCCCCGUGCGAGGAGGAGGAAGAGGAGGCAGGAGGAAGGCCCUCGUGCGAGGAGGAGGAAGAGGAGGCAGGAGGAAGGCCCUCGUGCAAGGAGGAGGGAGGAGGAAGGCCCUCGUGCGAGGAGGAGGCAGGAGGAAGGCCCUCGUGCGAGGAGGAGGAAGAGGAGGCAGGAGGAAGGCCCUCGUGCGAGGAGGAGGAAGAGGAGGCAGGAGGAAGGCCCUCGUGCGAGGAGGAGGAAGAGGAGGGAGCACGAAGGCCCUCGUGCGAGGAGGAGGCAGGAGGAAGGCCCUCGUGCGAGGAGGAGGAAGAGGAGGGAGCACGAAGGCCCUCGUGCGAGGAGGAGGCAGGAGGAAGGCCCUCGUGCGAGGAGGAGGAAGAGGAGGCAGGAGGAAGGCCCUCGUGCGAGGGAGAGGAAGAGGAGGCAGGAGGAAGGCCCUCGUGCGAGGAGGAGGAAGAGGAGGGAAGAGGAAGGCCCUCGUGCGAGGAGGAGGAAGAGGAGGCAGGAGGAAGGCCCUCGUGCGAGGGAGAGGAAGAGGAGGCAGGAGGAAGGCCCUCGUGCGAGGAGGAGGCAGGAGGAAGGCCCUCGUGCGAGGAGGAGGAAGAGGAGGCAGGAGGAAGGCCCUCGUGCGAGGGGGAGGAAGAGGAGGCAGGAGGAAGGCCCUCGUGCGAGGACCGGGCCGUGCCAGGCCCCUCGUGCCAGGCGUCGCGCCACCCGUGA